UGGGUGGGUGGGUGGUGUAGAGACUCCAAGCAGUCAGUAUCAUCUUGGUUGAAUUUUGAGGCCACACAAGAGUCAACAUGCCUCCAACACCGCAGAAGAGAUAUCAUUUCUAUACCAUCUCAUCAUGCCUUCAUCAAUCUUCUCCAACUUUUGCUCUCUUUCUCUACUCCUUUUUAUAAGUUCUGGUGAAACAGGAUUGAAGUCGAGUAAUAUGGCGAUGGCGAUGGCGAUGGCGAUUGAAGAUGAGGAUUACACGGCUCUUUUACCGUUUGGACUUACGUCGGGUAUCAUCGGCAGCUUCAUUCCUGAAUGUCGUGUCUCUCUCCCUACUGUUGAAGACAACUCACCUGCUGCCUACAUCAAUGCCCACAACGCUGCUCGUGCCCAAGUUGGUGUUGGUCCUAUCAAAUGGGAUGAGAAGCUGGCAAAUUAUUCACAACAACAUGUCAAUGAACGCAUCAACGACUGCAAAUUGGUGCACUCCGGUGGGCCUUAUGGGGAGAAUCUUGCAUGGGGAAUGCCCGACUUGACAGCCACCAACGCAGUCAAGCUAUGGGUGGAUGAAAAGCAAUUCUAUGACUAUGCCACCAAUUCAUGUGAUUCUGGCAAGGUGUGCGGCCAUUAUACACAAGUGGUAUGGCGAAACUCGAUAAGAAUUGGAUGUGCAAGAGUAGAGUGCAACAAUGCCCGCGGUGUACUCAUUACGUGUAACUAUGACCCGUAUGGCAAUGUUGUUGGUCAAAGACCAUAUUGAAUGAUAUUAUCAGAAAAAUGAAACGUUAAUCUUGGUUGAGAAAUAA